AUGAGCGCGAGGGCGGCGCCCCACGGCGGCAUGGCGAAGCUGGAGAGCCCCGGCGGGCAGCGGGCGGCGGGGCCGUCUACUCGGCGAGCUCCGCGCUUUGCCCGCGGCUCCGCCCGCCGGCGGCGGCUGCCCAGGGCCCUCCCGCGCGGGCGCGCUCUGGAUUGGCCGUGGCCGGGCAGAGGCAGCCAGUUCGGGCCCGGCUGCCCUCGCCCGCCCCCCCACCCCCGCCCCGGCCCUUUGUACAGCAAUUGCAACAAGUGGGAGCAGAGGGCGCUGCAGCUGUGCAGCUGCUCUACAGACUGCAGGGACCUGCUGAGACGAAUCCCCGGACGAGGAAAGGGGCCCCCCGCCUGCCCUACUGAGCCUUGCCCGCUGACCCGGCUCCUACACUUAACUUUUCCGGCUUCGGGUUUAAGACGCGUGAUGGCUGGACCGGCGGAGGAGGCGGGAGCCCAUUGUCCCGAGAGCCUGUGGCCUCUGCCCCCGCAGGUGUCACCAAGAGUGACCUACACACGAGUGAGCCCAGGGCAGGCUGAGGAUGUCACCUUCUUCUACCACCCCUGUGCCCAUCCCUGGCUGAAGCUCCAGCUUGCCCUCCUGGCCUAUGCUUGUAUGGCUAACCCUUCCCUCACCCCUGACUUCAGCCUCACGCAGGAUCGGCCCCUGGUGCUGACUGCAUGGGGGCUGGCGCUGGAGAUGGCCUGGGUAGAGCCAGCCUGGGCUGCCCACUGGCUGAUGAGGAGGCGGAGGAGGAAGCAGAGGAAGAAGAAGGCAUGGAUCUACUGUGAAAGCCUUUCGGGGCCUGCUCCCUCCGAGCCAACCCCUGGUAGAGGGAGGCUGUGCCGAAGAGGGUGUGUGCAGGCCCUGGCUCUGGCCUUCGCUCUGCGGAGCUGGCGGCCCCCCGGCACAGAGGUGACAUCUCAAGGGCCCAGGCAGCCCUCUCCCAGUGGUGCCAAGAGGCGGAGGCUGCGGGCUGCCCUUGGUCCCCAGCCCACUCGCUCAGCCCUGAGGUUUCCCUCUGCUUCCCCAGGGAGCUUGAAGGCCAAGCAGCCCAUGGUGGGAAUCCCUGGUAGGGAGAGUAAUGCCCCAUCUGUGCCCACUGUCUCCCUGCUGCCGGGGGCGCCUGGAGGCAAUGCCAGCUCCAGGACAGAGGCUCAGGUGCCCAACGGGCAAGGCAGCCCAGGGGGCUGUGUCUGUUCAAGUCAGGCUUCCCCGGCCCCUCGCGCAGCAGCGCCUCCACGGGCAGCCCGGGGCCCCACCCCACGCACUGAAGAGGCCGCCUGGGCUGCCAUGGCCCUGACCUUCCUGUUGGUGCUGCUCACCCUGGCCACGCUCUGCACACGGCUGCACAGAAACUUCCGACGCGGGGAGAGCAUCUACUGGGGGCCCACAGCGGACAGCCAGGACACAGUGGCUGCUGUGCUGAAGCGGAGGCUGCUGCAGCCCUCGCGCCGGGUCAAGCGCUCGCGCCGGAGACCCCUCCUCCCGCCCACGCCGGACAGCGGCCCGGAAGGCGAGAGCUCGGAGUGACGGCCUGGGACCUGCCACUGUGGCGUGCGGCUCCUCCCCGCGCCGCGAGGCCGCGACCUCUGCCACGUGGACCGCGCGCGGGGCGCCCCCUGGUGGCGAUGGCGCGGCACUGGCCGAGCACUGCGGGGGCUUUCCUCUUUGUUGGUUGCUGAGUGGGCGGCCAAGGGGAGAAAAGGAGCCGCUUCUGCCUCCCUUGCCAAAACUCCGUUUCUAAUUAAAUUAUUUUUAGUAGA